CUCAACAUCACAACAAAACAAACCACAAGUUCUUCAAUCACUUCACCUUACUUCUAAUCCGACUUUUCCUCCACAGCAUUGUUCCGAAUAAUGCUGUAACAAACAUCAUUUGCCCAUCGUCAUAAUGUCCAAAGCAACCAACGCACGCAACAGGUUCGCUGAGCUGCGUGAACUUCGAGCAUCCGGCAAGAAACGACUCGACACUUAUCAGGUCCAAGAGGAAGAAGACUUGUACGAGGAAGUUGACGAGGAUGGAUACAAGAAAGUCGUACGAGAGCGAUUGAACCAAGAUGACUUCGUUAUCGACGACAAUGGUGAGGGAUAUGCGGACGAUGGGCGAGAGGAGUGGGAUCAGCAACCAAAUUAUGGCUCAGGAAGUGAUGAGGAUCUGCCUGUAAAGGGCAAGUCCGGGAAAGCUGCAAAGCGGAAGCGCGAAGAGGACAAAGCCAAAAAGGAGAAAAUCGACAAGGGAAUCAGCAACUAUUUUACGAAAGGCCCUGUAGCAGCUCAACCCAAAGCAAAACCUAUCAAAACGAAAGCAGAUGACGACUUCCUGGCGGAUCUUCUCGGCGAAGUUGAUACGAACGUUCCUCGUCCAAGUGUUCAAUCUGCGAGAUCUCGCAGAGUUCAAGAUAAACGGAGAACGCGAGCCUUGUCUCCGGGUGUUAGUGAACUACCACGACACACAGCUAAGAAGGCGAAGGUCGAUGAUACGAAAGGACCCGUUUCGCCACCCGAGGAUCACGACUAUGGCGAUGAUACUUACAUGCCUAUGGACGAUGAUAUGGCGAUGGAUGAACCUCUGCCGUCAUCCCCCGUUGCAAAAGCUGUGGAGAGGAAAUCUAACAUUGCUGUGAAGGUAGAGGAUGAUGAGGAAGAGGAUAUGAUGGAAGUCGCUCAGGCAGAUGGUAUUGUAACUGCCCGAAUCAAUAUCUCUGGCACGAGACCACCACCAAAGAUCAAAAAGACUGAAAUGUACCCCACGCCUGCGAGCUCAUCACCUACACGAGCACCCCCCCAACAUAUUGACGCAUCUGCUUGGAACAACGUCACAGACAGGUUAAACGUUGUGAACAGCAGUCAGGUUUCUGACACGGGAUCAUUCGGGAAGUUAGACUAUGCCGAUGCGAUCGAGGAGGAUGGCAGCCUGCGCAUGUUUUGGACGGAUUACACUGAAGUCAAUGGCAGUCUAUGUCUCUUUGGAAAGGUCCAAAACAAAAAGCAUGGCUCUUACGUUAGUUGUUUCCUGAAAGUUGACAACAUCCUGAGGAAACUGUUCUUUCUUCCGCGGCAGUAUCGCCAGAAGCAUGGAAGAGGUACCUCGGACGAAGUCGAUAUGAAGGAUGUCUAUGAAGAAGUGGACGGGUUGAUGGGCAAAUUGAGGGUAGGGAUGCACAAGAUCAAGCCUUGCACGAGAAAAUAUGCUUUUGAGCUUCCCGACAUCCCGCGAGAAGGCGAAUAUCUCAAGCUACUGUAUCCGUACUCGAAACCACAACUGCAGCCAGAACACCAGACUGGCACUACCUUCUCACAUGUUUUCGGUACGAACACGCCACUAUUUGAGCAGUUUGUUCUUUGGAAGAACAUCAUGGGCCCGUGUUGGCUCAAAAUUGAAGAUGCAGAAUUCGGAGUUCUCAACAAUUCAUCUUUCUGCAUGUUAGAGGUCCAGGUCUCGAAACCCAACCUGAUCACGGCUCUGAGCGAGAACGACAAUCUUGAGGCACCGCCUCUUACCCUGAUGAGUAUUGCCUUGAGAACGACAUUGAACGUCAAAGAGAACAAGCAGGAAAUCCUCGCUAUCAGUGCCCGAAUCUACCAAAAUAUCUCUCUCACCGAUACAACACCACCCGAGAAAUUGCCAUGUCGGUCUUUCACAGUCAUGCGACCUGCGCUGAACAGCUUCCCGAUUGGUUUCGACACUGAGGUUCAGAGACGAGCCAAGGGUAUGGUGAAACUUGUGAAGCAGGAGCAAGAAGUACUGAGCUUCUUCCUUGCCCAAUUACAAGUUACUGACCCAGACGUGUUGAUGGGUCAUCAGCUCGAGGGUGUUGAUUUCAGUAUUUUGCUCAGUCGAUUGCAAGCCAAAAAGACCCCCCAGUGGGCACGAAUUGGUCGUAUGAGGCGUUCUAACUGGCCAAGUUCCAUGGGCAAAAUGGGCGGGAACUUCUUCGCUGAGCGCACAUUGCUCUCGGGACGACUUCUCUGUGACUUGGCUAACGAUGCUGGAAAAUCAGCUAUGUCCAAAUGCACGUCUUGGAGCUUGACUGAGAUGUGUAGCAUCUAUCUACCCGGGACUAUACGUAGGGAGGUUGACAACGAGCAAGCUCUGAAGACCUGGGCUUCGACAAAGGAUGGUCUGAUGGACUACGUCACCCAUUGCGAGGCCGAUACUUUCUUCAUUGCUGCCUUGGCUCUAAAAGUCCAGUUACUCCCUCUCACCAAAGUUCUCACCAAUCUUGCUGGUAAUUCAUGGGCAAGAACUUUGACUGGCACCCGUGCUGAGCGUAACGAGUACAUUCUGCUCCACGAAUUUCACCGAAACAAGUAUAUUUGUCCCGACAAAGCGGUCUUCAAAGGCAAGCAGCAGGUAGAGGAAGAGAAUGCGGAUGAGGAGAGCGGAGACGUUAAGAAGAAGGAUAAGUACAAAGGUGGUCUUGUCUUCGAGCCAGAGAAGGGUCUCUAUGACAAGUUCGUGCUAGUCAUGGAUUUCAACUCCUUGUACCCGAGCAUCAUCCAGGAAUUUAACAUCUGCUUUACUACUGUGGACCGAACAAACCUGUCCGAUGAUGACGAUCAAGUGCCAGAAGUACCAGUCGAUCAGGAUCUUGGCAUCUUGCCCAAGCUUAUUGCCACUCUUGUCAGUCGCCGGCGACAGGUGAAGGGCUUGAUGAAAGACAAGAACGCAACGUCCGAGCAACUGGCGACUUGGGACAUAAAACAAUUGGCCCUCAAACUGACCGCUAACUCCAUGUAUGGGUGUUUGGGUUACACCAAGUCAAGAUUCUAUGCCAGGCCACUCGCAGUACUCACAACGUAUAAAGGUCGUGAGAUUUUGCGUAGUACCAAGGAUCUUGCAGAAUCCAACUCUCUGCAGGUCAUCUAUGGUGACACGGAUUCCGUCAUGAUCAAUGCAAAUGUCGAUAACGUCGAAGAUGCCUUCAAAGUUGGAAACGAGUUUAAGAAAGCUGUCAACGAGCGAUAUCGACUCCUUGAAAUCGACAUUGACAAUGUCUUCAGACGAAUUCUGCUCCAAGCUAAGAAAAAGUAUGCUGCCAUUAAUUUGGUGCAAGUAGAUGGCAAGUUCGUCGACAAGAUGGAAGUCAAGGGUCUCGAUAUGAAACGUCGAGAGUAUUGCAAUCUGUCCAAGGAAGUCUCGGGCAAGCUACUUGACGAAAUUCUGUCUGGUGACGAUUCAGAACUUGUCAUUACCAGAAUUCACGAAUACUUGCGCGAAAUAUCGACCAAGAUGCGCCAAGGUGAAGUGCCGACACAGAAAUACACCAUCUAUACGAAGCUUGGCAAGGCACCGAAGGAAUAUCCCAAUGCUGAUAGUAUGCCCCAAGUUCAGGUCGCGUUGCGCGAAUUGUCCAGGGGAAAAAAUGUUCGAAAGGACGAUGUCAUCGCCUACAUUGUUACUGGCGAUGGCAAGACAACUUCUGAAAAUGCUGCCAAGCGGUCAUACACACCUCAAGAUGUUGCUAAAACGGACUCUGGACUUUCUCCAGAUGUGGAGUGGUACCUCUACAAGCAGAUUUUCCCACCCGUGGAACGUUUAUGUGCAAACAUCUCUGGCACCGACACUGUUCGGUUAGCUGAUUGCCUUGGUCUUGACGUCCUCAAGUACAGUAUCAGCAACAACGCUUCAAACGGAGGUGGAGAGGCAGAGAUAUCACCUCUUGAGAGUCUGAUCGAUGAUGAAGUUCGGUUUAAGGAUGCUUUCAGGUUGAGCCUUCGAUGCAGGGCUUGCAAGGCAAAGUUCGGCUUCGACGGCUUAGUCGGCAGCCUGGACAUCUGUACUGCGGCGGGGAUCACUUGUCGAUGUGGACAUGCUCUUUCGAACCUGUCUGUCAUGGCUCAGCUUGAACAUCAAAUCCGACAGCAGACCAGCAGAUAUUAUGAAGGUUGGUUGAUCUGUAACGACCAAGCUUGUGGAAACCGUACUAGGCAAAUGAGUGUGUAUGGUCACAGAUGCUUAGGUCCGAAGGGACUUGCGCAAGGUUGCCUCGGCAUUAUGCAUUAUGAGUACACGGAAAAAAUGAUGUACAAUCAGCUGCUCUACUUCUCAAGUCUGUUCGAUGUGGAGAAGGCAAAGACUACAGCGAAGGGUACUGAGAGAGAACGAAUACUAGCACUGGCAGAACAUAAUAGAAUAAGAUUUGGGACAUUGAAGACGGUUGUAGAGAAAUACCUGGACAAGUGUGGAAGGCAAUGGGUUAAUAUGGAUAGCUUGUUUGGGAAACUGGGAUUCACGGCUAUUUGAACAUCCUGAAUAUAGAUACAGUAGGCGUUUUGAUACUGGCUUGGCUUCACAGGCGCUUGUAGGAUAUCAUGAAUGGAAUGCAGUUUCUAAUAAA